CUUCACUGAGUCACAGAGGUGACCAAGUGAGGCAGAAUAAUGAACACGCGUUGGGCGCUGCUGGCUGCCCUCCUGCUGGGGGCGGCCGAAGGAGGUCAGAUCACCGGCAGGUCACCUUAUUGGCUAAGUGACUCCGGUGGUGUAACCCUGACUAUAACUGGCUCUGGCUUCAGCGAGGACCAAUUCAACCAAUUUGACCCGACUCUAGGUAAUAGGGUCAUACUUGUUAACGACCAUGACGCUAUUAACUGUGACGUCAUCAACUACCUGUCCAACACUAACAAGAUCGUCUGUAAUACUAGGAGGAGGACCAACAUGGGUGCCUCUCGAGUAUAUGUCAUCAAGGUGUAUGUGGAUGGCAGUGAGACGACAGGGUACGCUACUGUGGAGUACGCAUCAUGGAGAGGGCCAGUGAUCGACCGAGUUAUCCCUGCCUGGUCACUUCCUGGAGCUAUGGUCGAGUACCAAGGUAACUUACAUACCACCAAGUACCUCAUGAUUGAUGCUGAGGACCCCACCAGCAGCGAUCCAUCCAAGGGCGCCGUGAUUACCAAGGUGUACAUGGGCGGCGUCGACUGUGAGAUGGUCAACGCCACCACAGGGAUGCUCUACGUCCCCCUCACCUCCACCAGGAAGCUCCACUGCCUCGUCACCAGUACCUACAUCGGCCCCAUGAACACCAGUGUCUAUGUAACGGAUCGUGGGGCAUCAUCUUCGACCAAGUGGGGUAUGGGCGUCGACUCUCAGGAUCGACUCUUCCAGCACCACACAUAUGCUGCGGUGGAGAGCGUGAGUCCUGACACCAGCUCCUCAGGGGGCGGCGCCCUUCUCACCAUCACUGGCGUAGGAUUCGACUCUAACCUUGGCGCUACUGAGGUGCGAGUGGGCGGGGCAGUGUGUGAGCUACAGGAGAUCACGGGAGAGAUCAUCACCUGUCUCUCUCCACCACAACACCUGACUGGCCCUGGCUCAGGUGAACGAGGUCUGAUCUUUGAGCUAUGGGAGGGAGCGUACUUCAGUAACCUGGCUCACCUACCGUACUGGGACAACCUCACAUCCACACACCCUAAUUAUACGUCAUCCGUCACCCUAGAGACUCGCUUUGACAUUAAUCUACAGGCCCCGUCGACUGGCAGGAUCAGAGGUUACAUCCAUGCACCUCACGAUGGUGUGUACUCACUAGGGGUUCAACUGGGCAAGGCGUCAAUCAUCUAUGUAGCGACAAAUGGCAACCCUGACAAUAAGACAAACGUGGCUCACUGGCAGCAUCUUUACCUGCAGAAGGACACACCUGCCUACAUGGAGAUCAUCUUUAAUUCUGAAGAGAGCACUUUCUUCAGGCUGAUGUUCAAUGACUUCAAUGCAAAGUUCACCAGCUCUCAAUCAUACAUGGCAUCCAACGAGAGGCAGCAGGUCAGGUUCAAGGCCGGUGUUAGGUGGGAGACGCAGAGGCUGACCUUGGAGGGCGAGCCAGGAAACGCUAAGCUCUUCCUUCAAGGGGUUACUUCAAGUCUCCUAAAUGUUUCGGAUCCUAAUGAGGUUAAACAAGCCCUCCUGAACAUGACGGAGCAGCUGUGUGAGGUACUAGGGGACGGUCCCAAGUUCGGUCUUCAGGCAGGAUAUGAAGUAUGGGAAACGAAACCUCCGGGUGACAACGGCAAUUCCUUCAACGAGAUAGAGCCUUUCUGCGGCAGGGUGGUACAGGAGACCAGGAGGAACUCCCCACAACUUUACUACAAUAAUGACGUCUCUACGAUGGUCGACGCUAACACAUACAAAUACGUGUGUCUAGCUCUCAGGGGGAACGUGGAGAGUAUGAUGUCGGUCAGGUUCUAUUGGAAGGACAAGUGGAACCGGAAUCGUGAUGAUACUAUUUGGUUCAAUCAUAAUAUAACCUCUACACCCGUCACGUGGACGUACAAGUGUCUAAGCCUACAUGAUGUGGUGGCCAACUCCUGGAUGAAGGACCAACACAUCAGCGGUCAAAGGCUGCUGGUGAAACACGUGUGGGCGCCUAAACCCAGCACCUCCCUUGAUACUGUUUAUGUCGACGAGUUCGCCCUUGUGGACCUGGAUAUUACUGUGGUACAAAGGCGCCCCUCAGCCCUCAAAUCUCUGGGGAUCCUGGUGACGGAGGUGGAAGCGGCUCCUGUAGAAGGUGUCAACAAUUCUUACGACGUCAGCUUCAUCACCUCUAACUGUGCCGGGGACUUCCCUCUCCUCGGCGUCUUUUCUGGCUCUGUGAACACAUCUUGGCUUACGGAACUGGCCAUUACCGACAGUGCCAGCUUCGAGGUAGGGGUCGGGCAGGUGACAGUGAACAGGCAAGUUGUGGCCACUCACUCUGUAGGAGGGACUUGGGAUCUUCUCAUUCAGGGCAAGACUAUAGCAGGUAUUUCAUCGACGGUGGACGAACAGGAGUUAAGUACAAAGAUCGAGACGGGGCUGGGUGGAGGCAGAGUCGCUGUCAGUAGCUCCGGCACCUGCUACAAGCGAUCCUAUCAGCUCGAAUGGCUUGAUGACCCCGGCAUGAAGGACCUCGUCGAAGUGGAGGAUACUGGACUGGUGUUUGAUGGGGAAACAUUGGAAGUGGAGAUAAAGAGGACGGGCGAAGGUAAAAUAUGGCACGAUACUCUCCAUGUUGACUUCCUUACCACUUGGCGGGAGGAACCACAGGUUGUGGUGACAGUCAACAAGUACACGGCCGCCUGUCUCGGUGAUUGUUCCCUCACCUAUGAUGAUUCUCUCACCCCUACCAUGUCUACUGUCUCUGGUAGUGUCGAUGGGACAGGUGUUUACACCAUCACGGUGACGGGCUCAGGUUUCACAAGUACCGUCACGAGCGACUACCGCGUCACACUGGGAGGCAACGAGUGUACCGUAACGACCGUGACGCCCACCCAGGUAACGUGUACCGUCAAGCUACACGCCGGGGAACACGACGUCACCUUAACUAUGCAGCCCAUAGGAGCGGCACUGACCUCCUCCCGAGCUGCCACCACCUACACCGUCCCCCUCACCGUCAGCGCCAUCACCCCUACUACAGGAGGUACUGGUGGAGGCUAUACUGUGGUGAUCUCAGGUACAGGGUUCCCUUCAUCGUCGACUAGUUCCUGGGACGGAGUGGUGAUGCUGGGUGGAGCCGAAUGUGUACCUGUAGGAGACGCUGACGGUGUAUCUAUCACCUGUUUGGUUUCAGCCGCGGAGGCGAGUGUGGUGGACGUGGUGGUAACGGUGGGGUCUCUCUCAGCCACUCUGUCGGGCUCCUUCACCUACGACGCCUCCCUCUCGGCUUCUCUCACCUCCGCCUCUCCCUCUGUUCUCUCGGUGACAGGAGGUCAAGAGUUGGUUAUCUCAGGGUCAUCUUUUGGAUCUGACACUAAUGGUUAUGUUAAGGUCGGGUCAUCAACAUGUGAGGUGGUGUCGUGGGAUGAGACGACCAUCACCUGUACCUCUCCAACCCUGACACCUGGUCUCUACCCCGUCACCGUCUACACAGGUGCCCAGGGCUUCGCCAGUGGUGACGUAUCGGUGACCUAUACCCUGGUAAUCACGGGGUCAUCGGUACUCAAGGGGUCAGUCAACGGUGGUACCAUUGUGGUCUUGAAGGGUCAGGGCUUUGGCACCAACUGUUCCUUAUUAGAAGUUGACCUCGGGGAUAGUGCCAAGUGUGAGGUCACGGACUGUUCUGAUACAGAGGUCACUUGUGCCGUCCUCCUCACCCCAGUCAAUCACGUCGUUACUAACAUGGGCACCGAUCCAAGCUAUGGCGUUGGGUUCGCUUGGAGUCCCCGUUUAGUUGAGGCUCGUGAGGGGGACAGCAUGACGUGGCAAUGGAAUAAGAAGGACGAGUUCUCCAUUCUACGGCACAACAUCUUCCAAUCCGUCUCCUCGACCUCCUUCACCUACGACGGCUCCGGCUUCCACUCCGGCUCCCCAACUCCUGCAGGUUCCAUGACCGUGUACUUCCCUCACGAGGGCACCUACUACUACGCUGGUGACCCCGUGUCCGACAAACUGGUCAUGAGUGGUCAGAUCAACGUGGUGAAGCCCGAGAAUCACAUCUACAAGGUUACACUCACCCUCGGAGGCGUCGCGGCCGAGUUUAACCCCAGUGGUGAUGGUGUGGUCGUCACAGUGAACGGAUGCGUCCCAAUCCUGCUUGAGCCUCUGAACGGCUGUACCUCUACGGCGCCUUCACCACCCGACGCAGAACACCUGUACUUCGUCAGCGACACCUGUUUCACACCUGUUGUUACCCGACUUACUGCCAGCGGUACCGAGAGUGUUGUCGGGGUUAGUGCCAUACAGGUAAGGUCCGGGGUGACACUGACUAUAGAAGGAGAAGGGUUCGGUGCCUCCCCCUGCCAGACUUUAGUAACAGUGGGUCCUGCCUCCUGCACCGUCAGCGCCUCCUCCAACGACUCCGUCACUUGUGUCCUCGACGACCUGCAGAACAUCCUCUCUGUCCGCCCUUAUCCCGUCCUGGUCACCGUGCUGAACAGGGGCAACUCUCUCACCAACAUUGUCAACUUCAAGAGCGAAGGUCAGGUCACGGUGGUACCUGUGGUGACCUCAUUUGAACCGACGGAGGGGUCAGUAGCUGGGGGAACUACCAUCACUAUUACCGGUACUGGUCUUAAGGGCUAUAAUGGGGUGGCAUCAGUGAGGUUGGGUGCCGUAGAGUGCCAGGUGACCAGCAUCAGUGCCACAACCAUCACCUGUACUACCAUCCCUACUGCUGCCUCUACCGUCCCCCUCUCCGUCUACGUUUCAGGGGUAGAGGCAGUGAGCGACGUGUCAGACUCCACCUUCAGCUUCACCGAGGCAGCCACACCCACCGUGAGCGGGGUGAGUGUCUCAGGUGACUCCAUUACCAUCACCGGGUUGAAGUUUGGCACUGACGACGCCAAGGUCACUGUCACUCUCAACCCCGUGGCUGGAAGACGAAGGAGAAGUAUGGAGGAAGAGGUGGAGGAGGAGGAGGAGGAGGAGGAGGAGGAUGUGCCUAGAGAGGAGGACGUGUUGAUUGACGACGAGGUGGGUGUUUACGACGAGGACGCAGAAGAAACCCGCAGCUCCUACCGUCCUAAGGUCCAGUCUCACCUCUUCGACAAGAUGGACGCCAACUCGGCCUUCUGGGGUCACUUCACAAAGACCUCCGGGAGGACGUUCACCGAGACCAAGAAGCUGGGAGCCUGGCGUGUUGGCGGCACCAACCGUGCCACGCUAGACUCUCCUGACGACCACCUGGCACGAGUAACUCGAGUAAAGCGACAGGCGGACCCACUUCCCUCCUAUGACUGCUCACCCACCUCCGUCACCGACACUACCAUCAUCUGCGACGCCCCUGGCAUCCCUGCAGGCAAUUAUGACAUCACCGUCGCCAUAGAGGGUCUUGGCGACGCUUCUGUUGACUCUGCUGCAUCUCAGGUCACCGUGGCCCCCGAAGUGACCUCCCUGACUCCGGCCGAGGGCAGUGUCCACGGCGGCGCCCUUCUGACCAUCGCAGGCACAGGCUUCAACCCCGGGGAGGUGAGCGUGACUCUGGACGGUGCUGUGUGUCACCUGGAGACAGAGACGACCACCUCUCUCACCUGCCGCACCUCCGCCCACACCGCCGGCACCGUGUCCGUCACCAUCACCUCCGGCACCGCCUCCGUCAGUCCUCCCCCGACCUUCACCUACGACGACACCAAGACGCCCGGUCUUACCUCCAUCACACCCUCCACGGGCGUGACCCCAGGGACGACUUUGACCUUAGAGGGCGCUAACCUCCAGCCCUCUGGCACUACCCCCGAGGUCCUGGUGGAUGGCACUUCCUGCACCGUCAUCACUGCCUCCCUUACAGCUGUCACUUGCACCACCCCUGACCUAGUGGGAGGGUCACACGGGGUCAUCGUCAGGGACUCUACUUAUGGUGACUCAAACGAGGUCACUGUCUCCUACGUCUUCAGUGCGACCUCCGUGACCCCCAGCACAGGAAGUUUCGGUGGGUCAGAGGUCACAGUGACUGGGGAAGGAUUUGACCCCUCAGGAGGCUCUAGAGUGACCUUCUGUGGUGAACUUUGUGACCCCGUUAACUUCAACUCCUCUACCACCCUCGUGUGCGUUGCCCCCGCUAUAGUGGAUGAUGGCAGCGGCACCAAGACCUGCGACAUUGUGGUAACUAAUCCCGACGGUUCGACCAACACCCUCACAAACAGUUUCACCUACGACGCCUCCCUCACCCCCGUCGUCACUGCCAUCUCCCCCGUUAGAGGUGGUACUGCAGGUGGCACUCUCCUCACUAUCACUGGCACUGGCUUUGCAGCCAGCGGCAACAAGGUGACCAUCGGAGGGUCGGAGUGUGUGGUGAAUACAGAGACUACCUCACAGAUUACCUGCACGACGGAGGCCCACCAGGGACCCGGGUACUUCCCUGUCCUCGUCGACGUCCCCUCCAACGGCCUCUCUACUAGCACGGGCAACGAUGGCACCUUCUUCUACAUUGACCGCUGGAGCUCAAUCUAUACGUGGGGAGGAGGACCAGUGCCAUCUGAGGGCCAGCUGGUGGUCAUUGAGGAGGGCCAGACCAUCCUAAUGGACCAGUCUACCGAGGUUCUUAAGAUGUUGCUGAUCAAGGGAGGACACGUGGUAUUCGACCAAGAGGCCCAGAGCGAGAUCACACUGAAGGCUGAGUACAUCCUGAUCGUGGAGGGCGGCUCUCUCAACGUGGGCUCCGAGGACGACCCUUACCUAGGCCAGGCUACCAUAGAGCUCCACGGCAACACCAAGUCCACCGAACUACCUCACUACGGUGCUAAGGUUCUGGCAGUCCGUGAAGGAAGUCUAGAGCUCCACGGGGCUCCUGUACCUGUUACCUGGACACACCUGGCCUCCGAGGCAUCACCUGGAGACACUUCCAUCACCCUCAAACAACCGGUCACCUGGAAGGCUGGAGACCAGAUUGUCAUAGCCACUACUGAGAGGAGAUUCAUGAAAAACGAGAAUGAGGUACGAACCAUUGACACCGUAUCAGGGGACGGCCGUACCAUCACCCUGACGGAGGCGCUGGAGUACGAACACAUCUCCCGGGAGCAGACUCUUGGAGGACGUGUUGUGGAGACCCGUGCAGAGGUUGGUCUCCUCACCAGAAACAUCAAGAUCCGGGGAGCCAUCAACUCAGACUUCACAGACACCAUUGAACUAUGUGAUGAAAAUUGGAACCCAGGUCAGUUCCAGACACAAUCUUGCUUCAACGGCAAAUUUGGGGAGGAAAUUGGGAGUGAUCAGUUUGGGGCGGUGGUCAUGAUCUUCGGCAAGUACCCCAGCCAAGACCUCGUCAGCGGCCGUAUUGAGUACGUCGAGGUCACCGAGGCGGGUCAGGCCUUCCAGCUUGGUCGCUACCCGCUUCACUUCCAUCUGGUGGGGAACGUCAGCACCUCAUACAUCCGCGGGUGUGCUGUCCACCGCACCUACAACCGCGCCAUCACCAUCCACGCUGCCGACUACCUCACCAUACAGCACAACGUGGUAUACGAUAACAUGGGCCACGCUAUUUUCACUGAGGAUGGCAUCGAACAACAUAACGUCAUUCAGUACAACUUAGCCAUAUACACACGUAGCUCUUCCUCUCUACUCAACGUUGAUGUGACGCCUUCAUCGUUCUGGGUGGUAAAUCCCAACAACAUCGUGAGACACAACGCUGCAGCAGGAGGCACGCACUUCGGCUAUUGGUACCGCCUGGAGCGUCAUCCAUCAGGACCCUCAGCUACCACCUCCUACUGCCAGAACAACGCGCUCAUGGGAGAAUUCUACAACAACACUGCUCACUCUCUCGGAAGGUACGGUCUCUGGAUCUUCUCCAUGGAUGGCUACUUCCCCAAAACGCGUGACUGUGGAGGUGGAAACAAGGUCGCGGCUUGGCAUGACUUCACGGUGUGGAGGUGUGACAGGGGUGCAGAGGCGGUGAUUGGAGGCGCCUUACAGUUCCAUAACUUUGUGGCUUUGGAUAACCAGAAGGCCGGUCUCGAGAUGGUUGAGGUCUCUGGAAAUUUUGGUCUCGACGAUGGAGCUGGUGUGUUCGACUCCCUGGUGGUGGGCUACUCGUCCCUCACGCCGGAGAAAUGCGACGAUGACACCAGUGGGAUCGUCGCCCCCAAGAAGUACCGCUUCAGCAUCGCCAACACCACGUUCGUCAACUACGACAAUGGCCAAUGUGCGGCACUGUCAGGCUGCUCUCAGUGUAAAGUGUUCCAAGGUGGUUUCAAGUCCCAGGUGAAGGGGCUAUCUUUCGUCAACUCUCCCAAUAAGCUCAAGUUUAAGUGGGAACACGAGACGGUUUGGGUGGAUGCUGACGGGUCUCUGUCAGGGUCUCCAGAGAAUAGUGUGGUACCGUCUAUGGGCAUAUUACCCCGGUCCGACUGUCAGAUGGACGUGGCCGAGUUCUCUGUCAACCCAGCGGCUCCAGGCUCCGUGUGUUCUGAUAGCUUCCGGUUCCUUCGCUUCAACGUUAAAGGACCCAACAUCGAACCAGAAUCUCUUAAAGGAAACAACCUGGUCGUCUCCAAUACACACGGCAGCACCACCGUCCCGUAUAUGGUGAAGAGAUUGACUACGGAAGGUUGGAUGGGGAUAUUGUACACGGGGGAGACGUAUGGUUGGACCUUUGAUGAUUCGGCACAGAUCACCAACUUCUCCUACACGGCUGAGACUCGCUUUGUUGACACUGGUGAUUACUAUUACGUCCAGCACGAGUUUAUUCAACAACCAGAUGGCUUCAGCACGACCAACACUGAGAGGAACAGCAGCGACACCAUACCUGACUCGACCACAGGUUUCCAUGGUGACUACUACUGGAAUAAUGACACACGCACCAUGACCUAUCUGGUGUCGAAUAAUGUAGCAACUGAGAGGCGUAGGUCAGCCAUCUUUGACGAGAGAAGUGCAGGUAGUAAUAGACGAAUUGACUUCGGAGUGUACAGGUGUAAAUACACAGACUGUAUCCUCCCCACACCUCCACCUGUACCCACGGGGAGGCCAAGUGUCACGUUUAAGUGGUCAGACGUAGAGACCUGGAAGGAGGUACCUGUGGGAUCCGGAGGCCACCCGUCUGAGAGUGUCUAUGGGUUACCUGUAGAAGGAGACGAGAUUGUCAUUCCCCAAGGCAUGUGGGUCACUGUGGACACCGUGACCCCUCCAUUAGGCCGUGUCCGAGUUUAUGGUACUCUAGAGUUUGAGGACACCAUGGACCAUGUCUUCAACACCACCAUCAUUUACAUACAGGGUGGCAGUGUGGUGGCCGGGUUCUCAGAGGAGUCGCCCUUCACCAAUAACCUCAACAUCGUCCUCCGUGGCACCCUUGACCCUAAUGACCCAGACAACGUUGACAUGCCCAUGCCCAACGGCGUACCGAGUGUGGGCUGGAAGGCUGUGGGUGUGUUCGGGCAGCUGUCCCUCCACGGGCAGGUAACAGGGAGGACUUGGGUCAAGUUAGGAGCCACAGCCACCGCAGGAGACUCCCAGCUCACGCUUGCUCAGCCCGCCAGCGCCUCAUGGCUCAACAAAGAGGUUAUGGUGACAGCGACUGGGAAAGAAGCGUUGGAGACAGAGGUGAGGACAGUGACGGGUGUAUCUGGGUCUGUCCUAACCCUCGACAGCCCUCUGAGUUACGACCAUCUAGGUGAGACCCACACAGUGACGGGUACCACAAGGACUUACACACUGGCGGGUGAGGUCGGUCUACUCACUCACAAUAUCGUCAUAGAAGGGAAUGACUACCCUGACCUACAGCAAGACAGCUUCGGCGCCCGCAUCCUCGUCUCCCGAUUCAAUGAGGAUGGUGUGGAUUAUGUGGGUCGUGCCAAGCUCUCUGGUGUAGAAUUCAAGAACGUCGGUCAGUUUGGCUUCACGGACACUGACGAUCCUCGCUUCUCCCUCGCCUUCCACGGCCUCGGGGUAGACGACGGCUCAAACUACGUCAAGAAAUGCUCCUUCAACGUGAACUACAACGCCGCGCUCGGGUUCUUCGGCUCCGACAACAUCACUGUAGAAUCUAGCGUCGUCUAUCACACCGUGGGCUCUGGCAUCAGGGACGACAGCGCGGAGAACACCUUCAGAGACAACCUCAUCUCCGUCAUGCUCUUCCCUGGGACCUACAAUGGCCGCGAGGAGUCACAGAACUUGGACUGGUUUGGUGGAUUCGAUCUCAAUAAAGCCUCAGGGACAGUUCUAGAAGACAAUGUAGUGGCUGGAUCGGAACAGGCUGGCUACAGGACCUAUGGAGAGUAUUGUGAGGACCCCACCAAUUGGAGCAACAAUGAAGUCCACUCUGCUACCUUCGGCGUCCUGCUCUGGAGUAAGGGAGGAAAUGGGCCAGCAGAUGAAUGUCGUCGCCUCAAUGACUUCUACGCCUGGAGGGUGUGGGAUACCGCUUUCUACAUGCAACACUACGCCAGCUUCAUCCUCUCAGACGUGAUGGUCGUCGACAGUAAGCUUGGGGUGAAUCCACUGGUGUACUCCCCUCCUGCCCUCACCCACCAAGCUUUCCCCAAGACCGCCAUUAUUGAGAAUAGCUUGAUGGUCGGGGCAUCUCCCUCCUACAGCUGUGAGUACCAUGAUUCUACUUCCAGCUUCCAGGACACCUAUGAGUCUUUCCACGACGUCUUUUGGAAAGGAGGUGUGGAUGAUGGUAACACCGGCCUCCUGUUCGCCUCCUUCAUGUCUAGCACCAAUAUGGCACCCAAACACAAGUUCAAUGAGGCCUCCAGUUACCCGGCCCUUUACGGUGCCACCUACGUCAACAAUGUCAUCUUUGUUAGCUUCGGCACUCGUAGUUGUGGACAUGACGUUGCAAUCCUGACCAACAAGGAAUCUGACGACGGCAUCCAUCCUGUGUUCACUAGCGAGCUCACUUUUGUUGAUACACCUGAGGAUAAUUACCUCUUUUUCCACAGAGCUAACCUGGGCCGCGUCAACCCCUCCGACUGUGUUGAUAUGGACUGUGAUGGUCUGAAGAAGGUGGUGCUGCAAGACAUGGAUGGCUCUCUCCUAGGGUCGGUAAACGCGACGGCGAUCUCGGAGGCGGAGCACGAGUGGGACGGUGACAGGUCCCACGGCGUCGGUGACUACAGGAUCCCCGUCUCACUGAAGCAGCGGUCUGAUGGCUCCCAGAUCCCCGCGUCUGAGAAGUUCCCCAACAAAGGUAUCAUAAGGGACGAGUCGUGCACCCAGAUGGCGGCGUGGCAGGCGUGGAGGUGCACCAACCUCCGUCACCGCAUGUUGGUCUUCGAGAGUCUCGACUCCGAUACAGAGAUCCGCCGCGUCUCGCCCAUCGCCCUCAUCGCUAACCCAGGCACCAACGGCUACGUGGACCUGGUGAACGGCCCCAUGGACCGAGGCUGGUGUAUGGGCUACACCUGCCAGGAGCGUAUAUCGACUUUCUACUCCGUCGUUGCUGUGGACACCAUCUACGAGAUGGCCAUGACCGGCACCCCUCCACAGGUAAUCCGCUUCCACCUGCUGCACGCCCACCCCAGCGAGAUGGUGGUGGUGCGUCUCUUCUUCCCCAAGACGCAGCGCUACGACGUGUACGUGGACGAUACUUACGUACCACCCACGAACAUAGACACGACCAAGUACCCACCGAAGUACCAGCUGCUCCCCGAGGACCCGAACAACCCAGAGCAGUACUUCCCUACACUCACUGACGCUGUAGGCACCAACUACCUGCAGAGGGCUGAGAAGUUCCUCCAUCUUGUGAUCCGCGGCGGCCACGUCAUCGACAUCAAGACAUCACCCGUCGUCAUCCUCACCACCGGCCUCGUUGUCAGCCCAGACGAAAUUUACGACGAGAAUAUCGUACAGAACAUGGCCGACCUCCUGGGAGUGUCCUCUGAGAAUAUCAGGGUCGCUGAUAUCAUCCGCGAGGACUCCGGGAGAAGGCGCAGAAGGAGCUCUACCGAAACAGUGCAAUAUCAGUUCGAGGUGGGAAAUGCCCCAGCCGAGAGCGAGGAUGGAAACAACGUUGCCGCCAGCAAUUCCAGUGGCCAAGAAUUGACCUACGAUGACCUGUUGAACGCCGUAGUGAAGGUCGUCAACCUCUUCCAGGGUGAUGGGUGUACAGCCUGUAACCUCACCCUCGCUUCAUUAGAGGUCAGUGAUCCCGUUCAGCCCCCGAAGGAACCAACAGGUCCGGCGACGCAGGAGUUCGGAACUCAGGUCAACGAGGGAGAAGAACUGUUCAGCAACUUACAGCAACAGGAAGAACAGGAAGCCCUCAACAAAAGCCUGCAGGCCCAGACUUUUGAACACCCCUCGGCAGCCACUUUAUUACAGGGCGUCCCAGCCACCAUCACCACCUACACACUCUUCGACUCUCAACCCUCCAUCUCCGUCCAGAAUAGCGAGGGCUCGAAAAUAAAGUCUCUGGGUCACAGCAGCGACCCCUGGAUGAUAACGGCCACACUUGAAGGAGGCCCCGACGGUGCCUCUCUCCUGGGGACUAGCUCGGUGCCUUACACGGAGGGGGCUGCCAUCUUUACUGACCUCUUCGUGGACACCGCCGGCGAUCUCUACAACCUCUCCUUCAGCUUCACUUACCCGGACACCGCACCAACCCUCACAAUAGGUCUUAACAACACCUUCAGGGCCCAGGAGAAGAAGGUGGUGUUCACGAUGGCUGUAUACCCCGACGUACUGGUGGCCGGGGACGUGUUCUCACUCAACCUCACCCUAGUGGACGAUGACUCUGGCGAACCUGUUGAACCAUCUGUCUUGCAGGGCCAGACAAUGACAGGAAGCGUCGAGUUACUGAGUGACAGGAAGUACAGGAGCUCGUUGACAGGAGAAAAAACAUUCACAGCUCAGGACGCCAACAUCACCAGCGUCACGUUAAAUGAUCUUGCUAUCGCUGACGCAGGUUCCUCCUACCGCCUCCACUUCAGCGCCUCCGUCAGUCCUAUCGGCUGGGUAUUGGACUUCACAACAGAUGAGGUGUUGGUCGCGCCUCAGAAUCCUGUCUACAAGAACGUUAAGAUGAGUGUGAUAGGUGGCAGAAGGAAAGCUCUGUUGAGGAACGAGGCUGAGUUUGAGUCCAUGUUGACGGAGAUCCUGACGGAGACAGUGGGCGGGGCGUUCUGGGAUCAAGUGACCCUCACAGUACCUAGCAGACGUACUAAACCUACUGUUUCCCUCACUGCGAUGGGCAGUGAAGACCAGCUAGAGGAAGGACUGGAGAAGCUGUGUCUGAUGGUUAAGAAGAGUCAGAUCAGAAUACAAAUCCAGCGAUACAGGUACACCAUGAGGAAGCUACGGGUGGAGGGCAAGAAACUACGCAGGUGUAACUACAAGAAGGCAAACAGGAUGAAUAAGAGAUAAUCAGUGUAUAUAGAGGUUUAAGAAGUGACUGGUGGCGCUGUCAUCGCUCUACCCUCACCAUUCAUCACCCUCACACCCUCGUCAGAUCGUUCUUAUAAAUAAAAUAUUAAUAUGAGUCUGUAUUGCAUAAGAAAAUUAGAAAAAAUAUAUGUAAAAUGAAUAAAAAACAGUUUACAAAAUUAGA